AUGCGUGGCUUUGAGUGGGUCCUACUCCUCGCCUUUUUGUGUGCACCGGCAUGGGUUGCAGCAACAGUCCCCGCUCCCAUGAUGGCUUUCCUUUCUCCUCGUUCUUCCAGCUCGCUGCUUCGUGCGCCCGAGUCCGAGGAGGGCUUUGCUUCGCCUGGCCCCAUCGUUGCUGUGCGUGACGCCAUCUCUCGUCUGACGCACCAACGUGACUCGGAGGGCGUGCCAGAUCUUUGUGGUCUUGAAAAGAUUGUGCAUGUGCAGGUUGACUCGCUGCAUGACAAGAGCUUUGCGUCACUUUCUUCUUCAAGCUCGUCGCACUCGCUCAAGAAGCGCGUGCUCACUGCUCCACAGCAACUGGUAUUCCCCAUGAUGGAUCAGACGUCGUCUAGCUUUUCGGAGGAACUCGUUCGGGCUAUCGAGUCGCUUUGCGGAUCGGCGCGCUCUGUUAAGGACCGUGUCAUGUCGCUCCAUUUCCCUGACCUUACAGCCCACGAGUCUAGCCUUGUGUCACAGCUCUCUGUUAUCGACACUGCAUACCCAGAGCACGUCGUGAUUAUCUCAAGCACUCCACCGCAUCGCGUGUCGAAGCGCUCUGUGCCAUCGGGCAAGUCCCACGGCUCGAAGCCCGCCAAGUUCCUGGAGCGCUACCAGAUCUUCUCCCCGGCUACUGUGCUUUCUUUGCUUGUUGUUGCCUUCUUGCUCUUCUGCACAGUGAUUGCCGUGAAUAUGAUCAGCUCGACACAGGCACCCGACCGUCUCGGCACAGUUUCGCGUAACACGUCUUAUGACAAGAAGCGCAACUAA